AUGGGCAAGGACCAUCGUUCUCUUCGGGCGCUGGCGUCGUUGCUGGAAGAAUACGCCACGGUUUGGCAAGGCUCCUCUCCAUUCGACACAUUGGCCGACGGGGCAGAGACGGAGUUCUUCCAGUUCGAAGAAGACCAGGUUCGUGUCUGGCUGGAUGUGUUUGUCGCCACUCUCCAACAAGAACGGUUGUUGCUCACGUCCGCCCCUGCGGCAGUCCUCGACCAUUUGGCCGCAUCACAGCCUCAUCAAGUGCCCGAUCGAGCUUGGCUGGUCAUGUUUUACAGCGUUGUGCUGGGCACCCGGCCGGCGGAUGAACCGAUCAAGGCGAAGCUGAGAAGUAACCUCUGGCUUGCGUUCAAUGAUGUGAGGCUGCUGCUAGAACCGACCGCCUCGAGUGUCCAGGCCUUGGUCAUCUUAGCUUGCCACGUCGAGGAGUUUAUGACGCCAUCUCUCUGCUGGGCGCUGAUCAGCAGAGCUUGUAUCAUGUUGCAGGCUCUAGGCAUUUCUCCCUGGCAGCUCGACCCUCCCACUCGUGAGCGGCGCGCCACGUCUUUCGGGCGCUUGAACGCUUUGGACCAAUCGUGGCGGCUUGACUCUCCGACCCUCGAGGGGCGCACCAUGCUUUUCUGGCGCUUGAAUGUCCUGGACCAGUCGCUGGCGCUCAUUCUGGGGAAGCCACCGACUUUCCACCGCGAAAUAACGGUUGGAAUGACCCCCCCGACGUUGGACAAGCUCUUGCCUUCCCAAUCUCAAUAUCCCUCCAGCGGCGCGCCCGUGUUGUUCAAUGCGCACUACACGCACCAGAUGCACCUCCUAUCACGCGUCAUGUCUGACGUCUGGCAUUGCCUCCAUGGACAGGGCUCUGAUGACGUUCACACAGUCAUCGAGACCGUCGAGUCAUGGCACCGCCAGGCAAGGGAGGUCCUCGAGGCGGCGGCGCUGGCAGAGAAGCCCCUUCUCGGCGCGAACGGUGUGGAUUCUGUUGAUCUCGGCCUGCAGAUGCUGUGCUUCCACUACUCUUCCCUGGUGGUCUUACUCAAGGUGUCGUCCAGAUCGUUGCGGGCGCAGUGUAUCGACCCAUCGCAGCAAAUGCUCCGAUUGUUGCCGCGUCUCGGCGACAUGGGGCCGAGUCUCAAGGAACCGUACACCUGCAUCCUAUGGCAGCCUCUGCAAUGUCCGCUGACCGCGUUCGGCACUCUCUGGGGCGAAAUUGUGACCAAAGGCAAGACCCAGUUAGAGCAGAACAAACAGUUCCUCGCAGAUAUCGAGCAUGUCCCCGCCUUUAUGGGCAAGUUGAGCUCGCGGAAUCCCCUCGCCGCCAAGUUGGCAAAUAUCACGGAGCGAUUUGUUCAACAGGCUAGGUCAAUCCUCUACUCUGAAGGCCAGUGCUCACAGGAGAACGAGGCUCAGCACUCCAACCCGCCAAUGGCAUUCAUGAAUGCUAUGCCAUCGACAAAUAUGUCGAACGCGUCUCAGGGGCAAGACCUCGACGCGCAGCUAGAUGACCUGUUUCCGUGGGCCGACGACCGCUUCUUCGACGCCACUUUCGACUGGUUCGCAUGGACUAAUCAGGAACUCUCCUAG